CAGGGUCCGCAAGUCUCAGAUAAUCAGAAAAUUAAUUAGCUAUAACUCCUGAGAUAGUUACCGGUAUGUCUUAUAAAGGUAUAGAGUUGAAGAGUACUAGAGGCUCAGGAACAUCAGGAUACGUUACGAAAAACCUUGCCUCUCUAGGUGAUAAGAUUGCCUACGAAGACUCGAAAGAGAGAGUGCGUAAGGUGAAGAACAGGAGACGCUGCUGGUCCGAAAACAAUCAAAUGGACAGCAUUAAAGCAAGGUUCAGGAAUGAGCUUGAAAGUCGUGAACUGCUUAGAGACAUAGAGAAGAAAUGUAUGGAGCUCCGUGAUAAAUUAGAGAAUGAAGAUAUGGAGGCUGCCAUCGUUGAUACGAAAGUUAAGGAGUUGAGGGAUAAGUUGAUGAAUCAAUCAGAGAGGGAAGACGAAAUACGAUCAGCGAAAGACAAAGAAGCUAGUGAGGGGGGGAUAAAGAAACAAAAUUACAUGAAGGAAUUACAGAUAAUAGCCGGAAAGUAGUUCACUAUAAGCCAUUAUACAACAGAUCGUGAUCAUUAUUGAAGGCAAUAACUGAUCCAAGCACAAUUAUAAAACCACAGAUGAUGAAGCCAAAAGAUUUGCCGUACUUGAGAAAAAUUUGAGGCAAAGAGAAGAAAAGAGAUCUGCAGAAGUAUAACCAACAGAUUGCUAAUGGCUGCAUAAUUAUUGAUUCACCCAGGUCAUUGAGCUAUAUCGAAGAGCCAGAACGAGCUACGAGAUUUUUGGUUCAAUUUGAACAGGUGUUCCACUCGAGACAUGCUCCCUUUGAAAAAGUGGGCUUUUAGAUAUAUAAUUCACAGGUAUGAAAGUAGGCCGAAGAGUAACUAGCCCCAAUAUUGUGAAUCCAUUAUUAUCUGCUUUUUGCACGACCGAUGUACUUCUUUUCAACUCAGGGGGCAUAAGAAUAGGAACAGGUAUUGCUACUGCUUCGAUUACGUAGUCAGUACAAUAAUAUACAUACAUUACCAUUGCGAACUUGAAUAUAGUAUUAGAACUGUCAAAUAGUUUUAUUCAUGA